AUGGCUCAAGAUACUUCUCCGGGUGUUGUUUCACCUAGGAGGCGGUCUGGUCUCUUGAGAGAUCAGGUUCAAGUGGUCAAAAAGAAGGACUCCGAUCGCUAUGAGAUUGUUCCAAUUGAAGAUGCAUUGUCGUUCGAGAAAGGUUUCUUCGUAGUAAUCCGUGCAUGCCAGUUACUGGCCCAAAAGAAUAACGGAUUAAUAUUAGUAGGAGUAGCAGGUCCUUCUGGGGCGGGAAAAACAGUAUUUACUGAGAAGGUGCUCAACUUUUUGCCUAGUAUUGCUGUCAUAACCAUGGAUAACUACAACGAUUCAAGUCGAAUUAUUGAUGGAAAUUUUGAUGACCCACGGUUGACGGAUUAUAAUACACUGCUCGAUAAUAUACAUGGUUUAAAAGCAGGAAAACCUGUUCAGGUUCCUAUAUACGACUUCAAGACUAGCUCUCGCAUAGGUUACAGGACUGUAGAAGUCCCUAGCUCCCGCAUUGUGAUUAUUGAAGGCAUCUAUGCCUUAAGCGAAAAAGUGCGACCUUUAUUAGAUCUUCGUGUAUCUGUCACGGGUGGAGUUCAUUUUGACCUUGUCAAAAGGGUUUUGCGAGACAUUCAACGGGCUGGCCAAGAGCCUGAAGAAAUAAUUCAUCAAAUUUCAGAAACGGUUUAUCCCAUGUACAAGGCUUUUAUUGAGCCAGAUCUGCAAACUGCCCACAUUAAAAUCAUCAACAAGUUUAAUCCUUUCACUGGAUUUCAGAGUCCAACUUACAUUUUAAAAUCUACAAGGUCAGUGACAGUUGAACAAAUUAAGGCUAUUCUUUCUGAAGAAUAUAAGGAAACAAAGGAGGAAACUUAUGACAUAUAUCUUCUACCACCCGGUGAAGAUCCUGAAGCAUGUCAAUCGUAUCUAAGGAUGAGAAACAGGGAUGGGAAAUACAAUCUCAUGUUUGAGGAAUGGGUUACAGAUAGUCCAUUUAUAAUCUCACCUAGAAUAACUUUCGAGGUUAGUGUACGUCUUCUUGGAGGGCUGAUGGCAUUGGGGUACACAAUUGCAGCCAUCCUGAAAAGAAGCAGUCAUAUCUUCUGUGAUGAUAGGGUUUCCAUCAAAACUGACUGGCUAGAACAACUUAAUCGUCACUAUGUUCAGGUGCAAGGUAGAGAGCGUUUAUAUGUUAAAUAUGUCGCAGAGCAGCUAGGCUUGGAUGGGUCAUAUGUUCCUCGUACAUACAUAGAACAGAUUCAGCUAGAGAAGCUUGUGAAUGAUGUCAUGGCAUUGCCAGAUGAUUUGAAGACAAAGCUGAGCAUCGAUGAUGAUUUGGUUUCAAGCCCUAAAGAAGCCCUUUCUAGAGCCUCUGCAGAUAGGAGAAACAAGUAUCUGGGCCGCAGUUUGUCACUCUCAUAUUCCAAUCAACGGGAGAAGAAUCUGUCCAAGCUGACAAGACUAGCUGUUGAUAAUAGAAGAUUUGAUGGCAGAACUGCAGAGUCACCCGGUGCAGUUGCAAACCAGGGUGUCAUUACUCAACUCUCUGAGCAGAUUUCCACAUUGAAUGAGAGGAUGGAUGAGUUUACAUCUCGUAUGGAGAAGCUCAAUUCCAAGUUUGCCACAAGGAAAGUUUCAGCUAGUCAACAAAAUUUGGCUUUGCAGGGCGAAGCCUGCAAUGGAUCUGGGCCAACUACUCUAUUUGUAACUGGGUUGGGCAAUGGCUCCCAAACUGGAUCACUACUGCCAAAUUCUUCAUCUUCUUCCCAGUUAGCUAGGGAGUCUCCACUAAUGGAAGAGGUAACACGACUUGUAUCUCUUAAAAUUUUUGGCAUGGAAAAGAAAUAG